UUGAGGAAAACUUAAAUACACCAGAAGCGCAACAAGUUUACAAUUUGAUUUGUAAAAGCACAACUUUCAAUACUUACAAUGAUGGGAAAAUUGAAUUUUUUGUUACUGCUGGCAAUAUCAGACAUAUGGAUUAUCCCCGUGGCCACUCUCUGUCGGGAUCCAGAGUCUCUAAAUAUCACAACCCUCCAGAUGGAUGUCGAGAAAAAACUCACCUUGCGUAAUGUUCCAAACAGCUUUGUAGAGAAACGCACGCACACCAGGAGAUUCAACGCCAGGUGUCCCAGUAAGACCGACGUUCUAAGCGACCCAAAGUUUCGGACCUCCAUUUGUCCGACCUACCGUGUGACUGACGUCGACGUCAACAGAAUCCCCCAGACAAUCGUCCAGCGUCGGUGUAAGUGCACCGAGUGCCUGUCGGUGUUGGACAGUACUCUGGGGCCCCGCGCCUUCUCCAGAUGCGUGCCCACCUUCCAAUACCAGAUGGUUCUACGCAGGGUGGGAUGCGCUAGCGGGGUGUUCGAAUAUAAACCCGUAAUGGAGCCCUUUGUCGUUGGAUGCUCAUGUAAACUUUUCUUUGAUCAAUGAAUGAUUUCAGAGUAAAGCAUCCCCGAUUUAGGGCGAUUAAUCAGAUAUGUAUGUGCCUUCUUGCCGGUUUAUUUAACAAUA